GACAACAAAAUUACAGUCCUGACAGAGCGGGGAUCUCUGCUGUCCACGCGGGACCAGCCACAGUCUCCUUGGAGAGAGAAAGACGCGAAACGUGCGCAACAGCUCUCCCCACUUCCACCGGAGGAAAUCACUUCGCGUCGGCUGAUCUGAAGGAGGCGCGACCUGAAAUGACUGCUUGAUCGUUCCUCCGACCGGCCCCCACCGCCGAUCCGCAGGAGCGGAUGAAACAGCGGCGGAGAAAAGGUGAACGGACGGGACAAAGCCGCUGGAACGGUCGGUGAAGCGGACUUAUCCAGGGGAGCACAGCCCGACUGGCUCAUCGGGAUUGCGACUGCCUUACGUAACUGAGCUUUGUGGAGGGGCCGGCAGGGAAACUGCUGGUGCCGAGCUGUUUAAUCACCGCCAGGAUACGCAGGUGAAGGGUGCCUCCACCCAGCAUGAUCGGUGAAGACGCCGUCUCCCAUCACCAGUGAAUGAUGAGCGAGGGCCGCAGGCAAGGAGGAGGGGCCAUCACUGUGGAGGCUGACGUCAUCCUCCAUGCCGUGAACCCUGACCUCGUCACACCCUCUGACAAAGAUGGGAGUUUACGUCCAGGUUACGUCCAGGGGUUUCUGCAGGACCAGCAGGAUUUCAGCCCCCCUCCGGCGUUUGAGAAGGAAUACCUGCUGGACGGAAGACUGAUGGAGAAUAACCAUGUCGAUCAUCAGACAGGUAACGGCUCGUACAUCUCGAGAGCCGACAAGUUUCACCUCCCCAAUGACAAGGGGACUCCGGAUCUCCCUCCUCACGUCGCCACCGCCGUGUCCAAUCACAUCGCUGGCGUGCAGCAGAACUGUGCGAGCAGUGAAAUCCAGAACGGCGCCAGAGCUAAAAUGUCUUACGGUGCAGAUUCAUCCGCACGCUCGCUCGGCCAAGCCAAACAGGAAGCGGAUUGGUCAGUCCUAAAAUCGAACCUCGAGUGCAGGGACAGCAGCCAGGAAGCUGAAAGCGCACAGUCUAAAAAAGAGCCUGACUUAGUCAUUGAAGUCGGCGGGCAGACGAUCAACGCUCACAAGUCUGUCCUGGCAGAGAAGAGUGACUAUUUCAAAGCACGUCUGUCACGAGACAUCCUCAAAGUGAAGGGCGUGAGUUACAAGACUUUGUCUACGUUGAUAGACUAUGUUUACACCUCUCAAAUGAAUGUUUGCAAGGACAACGUUGUAGAUGUCAUCACGGGGGCUAAAAUCCUCCAGAUCCCCUGCGCCGUCCAGGCGGCCAUGGACUCCAUGUCUGCACAAAUCACUGCAGAGAACUGCUACGAGAUCCUGACCAUCGCCAAGAAGCAGCGGCUGAGCGAACUGAAGGAGACCGCCUACGGAUUCAUGAGCGACAACUUCCUCCAGAUCCUCAAAGACCCCGCAGCGUACGGACGCCUGACCGGAUCUGAGCGGGAUCUGAUCCUGAAGAAGAGAAUGGAGGGGAGGAAGACUCUGAUGGUGGCAGAGAUAAACGAUGUGUUCGAUCGGGUCGGUAGUCGGCCGCCGAGCCGCUGCGGGAGCCGACCACAGAGCCCAUUGUCGGUCGGGUCUUUGGAGGAGAAUCAUAUGAUUUACUACUUUAAUGAAGCGGCAAAUGACUGGAGACCUUUGACUGCGAUGCCCGAGGACAUAAACACUAAAGGGUGCGGGAUCUGCACCAUGUAUAACUACCUGUUUGUGGCAGGGGGGAUAAAGGGCUACGGGGACAAGGGUAAGGUUUCAGACAAGGUCUUCUGUUACAACCCAAUAACCAACCGCUGGGCUGAGGUCAGACCUCUGAACCAAGCUCGUGCCCAGCUAAAGCUUGUGUCUAUGGAUGGCUACUUGUACGCCAUCGGGGGAGAAUGUUUGUUCACAGUGGAAAAAUAUGACCCUCGCAUGGACCGCUGGACCACGGUGGCCCCCUUGCCCAAGGGAGCCUUCGCGGUGGCCCACGAGGCCACGACCUGCAGCGGAGAGCUGUACGUCUCGGGGGGCUCUCUCUUCUACCGCCUUCUCAAGUACGACCCCAAGAGGGACGAGUGGCAGGAGUGCCCCUACAACAACAGCAGGAAGAAGUCCACCGACAUGGUGGCUUUGAAAAGCUUCAUCUACCGCUUUGACGUGAGCCGCGAGCACGGCAUCACCGUGUUCAAGUACAACACCAUAGUGAAAAUGUGGCACGACUGCGCGUCGCAGAGGCUCGGAAGUCAUUUGCCCUUCAGGUGCGCCGUUAUCGAGAACUGCAUCUACUGUGUGAACAAAAGCCAGACUUUUCAGUUCGUGGUGGAGGAGGAGAACGCCUACUUUGUCGAGGAGCCGCUGAGGGCCCCGCUGGAGGCGAAAGGCCUUCUUUUUCCUUUUGUUCUCACGUUGCCUGAAAAGCCUGAGAAAGUCGCAUAGUGUGUGUGUGUCCGUGUGAUCCAGAAUAACACAACAAAUGUGUCAUAGCAAAACUGGAAUAAGCAGAAGACCUUAUAUACACUCCUCAGUGUCAGCUUUCUAUCUCAGUGUCUCAUUGCCUGCUUGCAAUGGAAUGUGUGUAUUUGCAUGGCAAUGUAACGUGUCUGCAGGGUGAAGCCUUAAACGGAGAACUUUUCUUUUUGUGUUGAAUGAAUGCAACAAUAUUUGUAUCCGACUGUAGAUAAUGACAUGAUGACAGUGACUGUAGGUUAUUUUGUGUAUUUCCUGUGUUCAGUUUGGUUUUGGUGCACAUUUGUAGUUAGAACAGAUAUUAUUUAGAACAUAUUAAGUAGUUGACUGGUGGCUUUGGUAACAAAAACGAGUUUUGUUGAAAGUUGUAUGAAACAAAGGUUGGAAGAAGCUGUAGUGCGCUUAAUGAACGAUGCAACACAGGUUCUAUGCAAAUGAGAAUACACAGGCGGGUCUGCUGUAACGCUGUGCUGUUUAAUAGUUACUAGAAUGGGAAUCUGACUUGGAGGGAAGACAGUAUUCCUCAACCUUUUAUUAUUUUUAUGAUUAAUCGAUGAAAAACUGGUCUAAUUUCCCACACUGAUGUAUGAAAGUGUCGUAUGACCAACAGCCCAAAACCCAAAGAACUGAAUUUAUUAUUAUAUAUUAUAAAGGAAGGCCUCAAAUCUGUAUAAUUGAGAAACUGGAAAAAGUAAAUGUUUGGCUGUUUUACUGGAAAAUUAUUAGAAUGAUCAAACUCUUUAGUUAUUUCCUGUCACUCAACUAAUUGAUUAAUCAGCGAAUAGUUGCAGCUCUGCUUCAAACAGUCUUAACUGUAUCAGUCCUACACCACACAAAUAUUCCCUUUGCAAAGCAUUUAAGCAGCAUGUUGUACCUGCUUUAGUUCAGGGGACCUUUUCAGUCAAAGCAAAGUCCACAUUUCAGCUCAGUAUCUCCAAGAAGCUAAAAACAGUCUUGCAAAACAAGAGGCUUCAGAUUUUUUGAAACAAGAUUGGAAAUCGCACAGAUUUAGCUUUAAAAGUACAUAAAAACAUUUAUUUUUAGAUUCAGAAUAUACUAUUUAGCUUGUAGUGUAGACUCACAGGUGUCACAGGUCCUACAUUUAGCUGCCAAAGAGAGAUAACGCUUCAGCCAGGCUGAAAUAAAUCAAAACCGACCAAGGCUUUCACACCUUUUGUGGAUUAAGUUAUAAAAAGUGUCCCUCUGUACCACCAGAGGAUUCAAAAACUAAAGCAAUAGCUGGAAGAGGGAGGACAUCAUGUUUGCCACUCACAGCCACUGUCUGUGACGUUAAGGCAAAGCGAGCCAUUCAUAAUGCACCAACAUACAUCUCUUAUCUUUCUUUCCCCGUAUGUGUUCAACUCUACAGCAGCUGCUAGCAGGUUUCUUCACUGACGAGGGCCGACCCAUUCUCCAGGUCAAAGGUUAUCAGAUACUGCGGUGCUGCAGCGUGCUCAGGCCGUGGCCCGCACUGCUUCCCCAGACAAGAUAUCCUGCCGUCAUGACACUAACAAACCACGUUCUUCCUGCGUCACGCCUCAUUAAUACCGAAUUUGCUCUAAAUUUCCUUCUUUUAGACAUUUCACAGCAUUUGCUUGCUGCCGCAGGAACACAGUGGGAGUUUUGUAUGGAGGCUAAGGCUGAUAUAUUUUCUUGGAAAAACUUGCUUUUGAUAACGUUUGUAGUAACGUCUCCAAGCAGUCAACGUGACUCAGAUAAAAUGGAUGUGGUUUUCAUAUUUUGCUGGCUGGAAUCUGUAUUUUUGUGAAUUUUUGUAUGGAUUUGGUAGUUUUGGAUCUGCUGCUGUAAUGGACAGUAAAGUAAUGCAAUGCUAGGCAAUGGCUUCCUGUUCAAGGUAUAUGGAGUGGGCUAACAAAUUAGCUGUUGGAUAAUGUAUAUCAGUCCGAACUAAGUGCUUCAAAUAAAAUAUUUUGUGUCUGA